GCAUGCCUAAUAUUCAUGUCAGGUGUUUAAUAAUAAGUGUCUUUCAUUUCGGUAAUGACAUUAUUCAUACGCUCCUCCAUCAGUGUUCGUCGUCUCGGCCUGCACUGCCAGUUCUCACCAUUAGAUGUCAGUCUGGUACAGACUCCAACUCUUCUCAUGUUGUUGUUUCGUUAGGAGUCCGUGAGCGCGCGAGAGAGCAGUGCGUGCGCGAGACGUGCGAGGCUGCGCUUCUGUUGACGCUUCAUCCUCGCUCCUCUGUCACAGUCAUCCUGCAGGUCAUCCACGAUGAUGGCUCUCUGCUGUCAUGCUGCCUGAAUGCUGCCUGUAUGGCUCUAAUGGAUGCCGGGCUGCCCAUGAGCCACCUUUUUUGUAGUGUGACCUGUGCAAUUAGCAAAGAGGGCCAGAUAAUCACUGAUCCUACAGCUCUGCAGGAAAAGGAAAGUCGAGCGUUGUUAACAUUUGCUAUUGAUAGCGUUGAGCGCAAUGUUUUGAUGUCAUCAACCACAGGCUCUUUUUCAGUCCAGGAGCUGCAGCAGUGCAUCGCAAUCAGUCAAAAGGCUUCUGAACAAAUUUUCCAGUUUUAUAGGCAUUCUGUCAAACGCCGAUAUUCUAAGAUAAAAUAAAACACGCUUGUUGGGA